GUGGCUGCCAUUCUACCGGCCUCGGGCACGGGAAGUCGCACGGGUGCGAGCACGGCCAAGCAGUUUUGGAUGAUUGAAGGACGACCACUCCUAUACUACACGCUACGAACAAUGGAGAGCGUCGCAUGGCUGCACGAUGUCAUUGUGCCAGUCAGUCAGGACAUGAUGGCUGAUAUGCGUGUCUGGCUUCAGACCUGGGGAUUUGUCAAAACCCGACUCGUCGUCGGUGGUGAUACUAGACAUCGCUCCAUUGCCAACGGUCUCAAAGCACUGAGGCCGACCACGACACUGGUCCUGGUGCAUGACAUGGUCCGGCCCUUUGUUCUGCCGUCAGAUCUUGAAGCCGUUGUUGAAGCAGCAGCCGAAUAUGGAGCAGCCGGCUGCACACUUCCUCUCGUGUCUACUGUCGUCAAGCCCUCUGCGGAUGGCUUUCUGGAUCACGUGCUCACCAGGUCGGAGUAUCUUGCAAGUCAAACGCCCCAGGCCUUUCAGCGCUCGAUUUUGGAGGCGGCUUAUGCCAGCUGCUCGGCAGAGGAUUUCGAUCAUGGUACGGAGGUUUUGCAGCUUGCGCAGCGGUAUGCUGGGUGCAGUGCGAAGCUAGUUGAUGUGCGUCCCAACGUCUGGAAGGUGACUUACAAGCACGAUCUCUAUGCGGCCGAAGCCAUGAUCAAG